AUGUCCACAGUUGAUGCUAGAACUGGGAAAAAGAGCAAGAGAAGCUCGAAAAGCAAAGGAUCGAACGGAAAAGCGAACCCGAGAAUAGUGCGAGCGAAUGUGUUCCCAAGGAGAAAGAAAGGGGAAUCAGAGAGAUCGUCGAAUUGUUCCCUAAGUCUUAGCCUGGUUGACAUCAAAUCCUUGUUCUACAUGCGCCAGAGUGAGGCCGCAACGUUUCUUGGAAUCUCUCUUACAGCGAUGAAGAAUGCUUGUAGGAGAGUAGGAAUAUCGCGAUGGCCGUACUCGCGACAACGACCGGACAUGGUGAAUCAAAACAAAUCUCAGGGAGAGAACACGCAAAGUGUUGCAAACAUUCCAGCGAAACAAGAAGACUCGAGCGCGAAAGAGUCAGAAGAUCCUCAGGGUCCAUCUACUCGCGACAUGGAGCGAGUGCUAGGAGAUAUGGAAGAGAGCAGAGUUCCGAUCGUAGACUACUUACACAACCCCAACGUUCAGACCCUCGCGCAAUGGAGGGCAGCGUUUAACUGCGACAGCCCGCAGGAGCUUCAAUCCAGCAGCGAAGAAGACGAUUUUCAGGAGGUGGUCAUGCGGCAAAAAGUGGAGUGGGGCGAAGCAUGGUUCGACGAGCGAGAGGAGGCACAUCAUCUUCACUCGGGGAGGGUCAUGGCAGAUUGCGAGCUGUUCAGCCACGCCGAAGACAUUGAUGGAUGUCUAUCCUUUGAUGACCUGUAG